AUGGCAUUAAAAUUAUCAUGUUUAUCAAAAAAACGAAAACGUCUCAAUAAAAAUCAAAUAUUAUUUGAUGAUUUAACAAAUGAAAUUUAUUAUGAAAUAUUUGAUUAUUUAACAUAUAAUGAUAUAAUCAAAUCAUUUUCUAAUUUAAAUAAUCGUUUGAAACAAAUAAUUGGAAACUAUCCACAUAAUAUUAAUCUUGAAAUAGAUGAAAAUAUUCCAAAAUUUAUUCGUUCAUUAAAAAUAACAUUAAAUUCUCAAUUAGAUUUAUUUAAUUCAUUAAAAACGAAUCAGUUUUUAUCACUUCGUUCAAUAGCAAUAUCGAAUUUACGUUACAAUGAAAUAAAAUCAUGUAAUCAAUCAAAAUCACUUAAUAUUAAUAAAUAUCAAUGGAUAAAUAUAUUUCCAAAACAAUUAAAUUAUUUUUAUUUAAAAUCAAUUCCAAAUGCAUCAAUUCAUCUGGAUAAAAAAUUUUCAACUCAGCAUUUACAAAAUCCUUUAAAUGAAAAUAUAAAUUUGACAUCUGAUCAAAAUCAAGAACAUAUUUGUCAAAUGAUAAUUGAAGGAAUUUUAAUUAAAUAUUAUGUAUUAAACGAUUUUAAAUAA